AAUGUAUUUCGCCGCACCCGCCGUUGCUCUGUUCGCUACCAGGCUAUUGCGGUCCUUUAUUCCAAGCGGGCUUCGGUCAACUUGGGCACUCUCGACCCGAUCGGCGAGCUUGAGGGCUUCCAUGCUAUCUUCUACACAGAUAGAGUAAGUUCCGUUGACAUCUUCCAUGUGAUCAAAAGGCAGUAUUCUAACACAUUCAAGGCUAUGGCCACGACUGCGAGGAGCACACCUUUUGAGAGCUGCAUUUGCAUGACGUAUAAUGCCAAGUACCUCGGCGUUAAUUAUCACGGCACUCUGAUGAGCUUUGCGUACAAUUCUGGUUGUGGUGGGGUUGAGGCCUACUAG